UUGGACAUCUGACGUCGCAUUAACGUAAUUGAAGCAUGCACCUUUUGAAGUGCAUUCUAAAAAGUGAUAAUAUAUUUACUUUUCCUUAAAUUGUGCAGUAAAAAGGUUUUACAAAUAAUUCAGCAUUUCAUGAUAUUCACAAAGCUCAAUUUCAGCUGAUUCAGUCCAAUAUGCUUGAACUAAUAAGAUCAAGAAAAUUCAACAAGUAUAGAAUGGUUGGUGAAGUAUUUUGGCAAUCAAUUCCUUUUACAAACACCUACCAUUCAAGCAACUUGUUUUAUUUAAACCUGGUGUAAGGUGAAUUAUAGUUUGAUUUCUGUACACUACUAUACUGCAUAGAGCUUUAUUCCUCAGUUGCUUAGUUGUUUCAAGCCUCUAUGCAUCAAAAUAGAUGCACUAGAUAAUUCUGUUGAUGCUUUAUGAACAUUCUUACAUAUGUAAAUCUAAAUUUUAAGAAGAAACAGGUGUGUUCACCAGGCGAGUACUGUUUCCCAACUUUUAGAACCUUGGCAUGUUGUUUGGGAAAUUGGAUACUUAUGUGUUUGUAGGUUUUGAAGCAGUUUUUCUGUUUUGUGCAUUAACACAAGUUGUCCGGUGAAAACUUUGUGGAAAACAGCUUGCUCAUGUUUAUGCUGCCCCUUGCACUCAUUCUAUGCUCUUUACCUUUUUAAAUUAUCCUUUGCAAGCUAGUAUGUUCAUGAUUUGGAGGCCACUGCAUCCUUUGAACUUGGUCUAAGAUAUUAUUGUAGGUCAUACCAUAGUCACAGGGAAUGGGUGGACCUCACUUUCCCCGAUCCAGGAUGCUGUCCCGAAUCGAGGGUUGGGGACGUACGGGGUCGACGUCCCCAUUUUGACAGGGUCGUUGCCCCAAUGAAUCUGACUUCAGGGGCGACGGUGAUGGUGGCGAAGGCGGCGGAGGGGGCUUCGGCUCCCAUGGAGGAGAGGAGGUGCAGGCGCCGGGCAAUGAGGAGCAGCAAGCGGCGGGAGAAGAGGAGCGGCGGGGAGGGGUGGGCAGCGGGAGAAGAGGAGGUGCGAGCGACAGAAGAGAGAGAGGAUCAGAGGGAGAGGAUGAGCAUGAGUUGGGCCCAAUUCGGUUGGCCCAGGGGGAGAGAUGGAGAGAGGGGGCGGCCCAGGGUGAGAGGUGGAGAGAGAGGACCCAAUCAGCCAGCCCAGUAACCGAUUUCUUGGAUUUGGUUGGUAGGGAAUUGUCAUGACCAUUGACCCGAUGCUUCGUCCCGGGUCAUCGAUCCGGAAUCCUUGGGAUCGUGUACCAUGUCGUGAAUUGUCGUCUUGAGGAGGCGUGUAUUACCGCAGGCAAAAGAAAUCUUCUGAGCCCAACAGCAGUGGUUUUGCACUGCCUGUUGCAAAUAGCAUUGGCAGUUGGGGAUACGGCAGUGCUAGCAAGGAUUGGGAAAAUAUUCGCCUUCGCAAGGUCCAAUUGAUCAACUUCCUUUCUAGUCUGCAACGCCCCACUGAAAAUUCUGUGAUAACCAACAAAAUGACCAAUGGCAAAAUGACCAAUCAUUCUAUGGAGCAAACAGAACAAAAAGAAAGGACAGACAUAAUAGUUCUUGAUUCAGACGAUGAGGAUGGAAACAUUGCAGGAUACGAAAAGUUGUCACCUGAGAUAAACAAACAACUGACAGCCUCUGAAUUGGCUGGUAGUUUCACAAAAUGGGUGGCAUCCAACGGGAGGGACCAAGCAAAUGAAACCAUGCUUGCUGAAGGAGACAACAACACACAAAUUAUUCCAUAUGGUCAAAGUGCAGCUUUAGUGAAUCAAUUUCCUUUGGAAACCAGCUGGCAACCAUCUAUUCAGUUUGAGAGAGUUGUGUUGCAGAAAAGGCCUGAGGAGGCGCGUAUGCAAGAUCUAGUGGCUGCUAGCAUCGCGGAGAAGAGAGCAGAAACACAAGUUUUCUUUUCGCUUCCUACGGAGAAAAAACGAAGGAGAUCAGAACCCAGGUUGCAUGUCACUGAAGAUGCUGCAACUGUCCCUAAACAAAGAAAAAGGAAAAGAAAAGGUGAUCUGGAUCCAGCAGAAGCUGAUUUCUCAUUGGAUUUACAGCAAACUGGUAUUUCAUCAGAAACAAACAUGCCUUUGGAGGAAGAGGAGAAACCAAUAAAGGAAAGUGAUGGUCUAGAAGAUUAUUGGAAAGAUUUUGCAUUGGCUGUUGAAAGCACAAAGCUUGACACAGUUGAUGAGGCAGCAAAUGAGAAAGAAGUGGAUAAUGAAAAGGAGGACAAUGACUGCACUCAUGACAUACGGAUUCAUGAAGAUUUGGGCCAUGUAUGCCGUGUCUGUGGUAUGAUUGUGAGAAGGGCUGAUUCAAUAAUUGAUUAUCAGUGGAAAAAGGCUUCAAGAAGAAGAACAAAUUUCUAUGAAGGACAUUCGAAGGAUGCUGAUGAGAUGGACUACGGUCCUGUUAAGCUGUCCGAAGAUUUCAUAGUUGCAGAUAUCGCUAUUCAUCCAAGACAUGCUAAGCAAAUGAGACCACAUCAGUUGGAAGGAUUCAACUUCUUGGUUAAGAAUUUGGUUGCAGACAAGCCUGGAGGUUGCAUUCUCGCUCAUGCCCCUGGUUCAGGGAAAACAUUUAUGCUUAUAAGUUUCAUUCAGAGCUUCCUGGCAAGGUAUCCAUCUGCAAGGCCCCUUGUUGUGCUUCCCAAAGGCAUAUUAGGUACAUGGAAGAGGGAAGUUCAACGGUGGCAAGUACAGGAUAUACCAUUGUAUGAUUUCUAUUCUGUUAAGGCUGACAAAAGAAUAGAGCAAUUGGAAGUCCUCAAAUCUUGGGAAGCCAAUAUGAGUAUACUGUUUCUUGGGUACAAGCAGUUCUCAAGAAUCAUCUCUGGAGAUGGGGGUGGCAGCGUUGCAGCUGCAUGUCGUGACAGACUGCUUAAGGUCCCCAACCUGCUGAUACUUGACGAGGGUCAUACACCUAGAAAUCGGGACACGGAUGUACUAGAAACACUGAAUAGAGUAGAAACACCACGCAAAGUGGUCCUUUCAGGUACACUUUUCCAGAAUCAUGUUGAGGAAGUGUUUAACAUCUUGAAUCUUGUUCGCCCAAAGUUUCUGAAGAUGGAGUCAUCCCGUCCUAUUAUUAGACGUAUAAUGAGUCAAGUAGCAAUAUCAGGUAGAAGUUCGAAAGGAAUUCCUGACAGUGCAUUCACUGAGUCAGUGGAAGAAACCUUGUUGAAUGAUGACAACUUCAAGAGAAAAGCUCAUGUUAUUAGAGGUCUUAGAGAACUAACAAAGGAUGUGCUUCACUACUAUAAGGGUGAUAUCUUAGAUGAACUACCUGGCUUAGUUGACUUCAGCGUGUUCUUGAAACUCACUCCCAAGCAGAAAGACAUUGUUCACAAGUUAGGAGCGUACGAGAAGUUCAAAAGAAGUGCAGUAGGGACUGCAGUGUACGUUCAUCCUUGUCUUUCAGAAAUUUCAGAAGUUAAUGCUGAGGAUAGAGCUAACAGCUUGACAGAUAAGUCAGUAGAUGCCAUGAUCGAUUCUGUCAAUGUGAGAGAUGGGGUGAAGGCCAGAUUUUUCAUUAAUAUCCUGUCACUUACUAAUUCUGCAGGAGAGAAAUUACUUGCUUUUAGCCAAUAUAUACUUCCCAUGAAAUUUUUGGAAAGGUUGCUGGUUAAGAUGAAGGGCUGGCAUGUAGGGAAAGAGAUUUUUGUGAUCUCUGGUGAUACUAGUCCAGAAGACAGAGAACUGGCAAUGGAUCAAUUUAACAACUCUGCUGAUGCAAAAGUUCUGUUCGGUUCUAUCAAGGCAUGUGGGGAGGGCAUCUCCCUUGUGGGCGCUUCAAGAGUUGUCAUCCUAGAUGUUCACCUGAAUCCAUCUGUUACCCGUCAAGCAAUUGGCCGCGCAUUUAGGCCCGGACAGCUGAAGAAAGUGUUUGUAUACAGGCUUGUAGCUGCCGAAUCUCCAGAGGAAAAGUUCCAUGAAACUGCAUUCAAGAAAGAAGUCAUACCAAAGCUAUGGUUUGAAUGGACUGAGCAUUGCACUACAGAAGACUUCAAACUGGAUCAAAUUGAUAUUGAUGACUGUGGAGAUGAACUAUUGGAUAGUAAAGCAAUGCGCCAGGAUAUCAAGGCUUUGUAUAGAAGGUAACAAGCUUGGCGGCUGAUGUACACCAUGUUCAUAUUGCAAUGCUUGUCUUCUGAGGCGAUCAUUGCUCUGAAGGUGUUACAGUGGCUCCAUUGUGGUGACAGGCCUGAGUUUGCUGCAAGCUAGGACUUUCAAUUAUUAAGUCGUUUUCAAACUAUGUUUAUCAAAUGGUUCCUGUGUAAUAUAUAUGCCGACUUGGGGUGACCACUUGUGGGCUGAUCCUCUUGACCGAUUUCUUGACUCUUAGGUCAAGUUUGAGGAUUAACACCUAUGGGUUUUUUUAACCUUUCCUGCACAACAAUAACUUAAUAAACUGUUUCCUAAA